GAGCUGGACAAGGCGCGCCCGCUCCCUGCUCGCGGAGCCCGGGACUCUCCUCCCUCCCGGGGCUGGGCUGUGCCCCUCCCGGAGCCCUCCCGGCAGCCAUGGGCUCGGAGAUGGAGCCGCUGUUCCUGGCCUGGAGCUAUUUCAGGCGCAGGAAGUUCCAGCUGUGCGCGGAUCUGUGCACGCAGAUGCUGGAGAAGUCCCCUUACGACCAGGAACCGGAUCCUGAGUUACCAGUAUGUCAGGCAGCCUGGAUUUUAAAAGCACGGGCGCUAACUGAAAUGGUGUAUGUGGAUGAAAUUGAUGUAGAUCAGGAAGGAAUUGCGGAAAAGAUGCUGGAUGAAAAUGCCAUUGCUCAAGUGCCACGUCCUGGAACCUCCCUGAAACUCCCCGGAACAAACCCAACAGGAGGGCCUAGUCCAGCCGUCAGGCCAAUCACUCAAGCUGGGAGGCCAAUUACAGGUUUCCUUCGGCCCAGUACUCAGAGUGGAAGGCCAGGCACCAUGGAACAGGCUAUCAGAACACCCAGAACCACCUACACAGCUCGCCCUAUUGUCAGCUCGUCUGGGAGAUUUGUCAGACUAGGAACGGCAUCCAUGCUUACAAGUGCUGAUGGACCUUUUAUAAAUUUAUCUAGAUUGAACUUAACAAAAUAUGCACAGAAACCUAAAUUGGCAAAGGCCUUAUUUGAGUAUAUCUUUCAUCAUGAAAAUGACAUUAAGACAGCUUUGGAUUUGGCCGCCCUUUCCACAGAGCACUCUCAGUACAAGGACUGGUGGUGGAAAGUACAGAUUGGAAAGUGUUACUACAGGCUGGGAAUGUAUCGGGACGCAGAAAAGCAGUUCAGAUCAGCUCUGACGCAGCAAGAAAUGGUGGAUACCUUUCUCUACUUGGCUAAAGUAUACAAUUCAUUGGAUCAACCUGUGACUGCUUUAAAUCUUUUCAAACAAGGCUUAGACAGAUUUCCAGGAGAAGUAACCCUACUUUGUGGAAUUGCCAGAAUCUAUGAGGAAAUGAACAACGCAUCAUCAGCAGCUGAGUACUACAAAGAAGUCUUGAAACAGGACAGCACUCACGUGGAGGCCAUCGCUUGCAUUGGGAGCAACCACUUCUAUUCGGAUCAGCCAGAAAUAGCUCUCCGUUUCUACAGGCGACUCCUGCAGAUGGGUGUUUACAACUGCCAGCUUUUCAACAAUCUGGGGCUCUGCUGCUUCUAUGCCCAGCAGUAUGAUAUGACUCUGACCUCAUUUGAACGUGCCCUCUCCCUGGCUGAAAAUGAAGAUGAGGCAGCUGAUGUCUGGUACAACUUGGGCCAUAUAGCUGUGGGUGUGGGAGACACGAACCUGGCCUAUCAGUGCUUCCGGCUUGCUCUGGUGAACAACAACCACCACGCCGAGGCCUAUAACAACCUAGCUGUGCUGGAGAUGCGGAAGGGCCAUGUCGAGCAGGCAAGGGCACUUUUACAAACUGCAUCAACUUUAGCACCCCAUAUGUACGAGCCUCAUUUUAACUUUGCAACCAUCUCUGAUCAGAUUGGAGAUCUACAGAGAAGCUAUGUUGCUGCUCAAAAGUCCGAAGCUGCGUUUCCAGAUCAUGUAGAUACACAACUUUUAAUUAAGCAGUUAAAGCAGCAUUUUGCUAUGCUAUGAUUAUUUCUUACACCAAAUGUAUUUUUAUAGUAUCAUUAUGCAGGGGGAAAAAGUUAUGUGUGCACAUACUCAUGUGUAAGGGGUGUAAUAGAAA